CCUACCAGUCAACACGUGUGCUGUGACAUCACACAGCUGACAGGAAGUGGUCAUCAUGGUGGGCGUGGUGGCGGGCGGCUCGGUGAGCUCCAUCAAAGCUCUGUGGGAGACAAGGAUCAGGAGGAUCCAGGAGGAGCAAAAGGAAGAAGAGGAGCAGAGGAAGAGGAUGGCGAGGGGCGGAGCCACAGGCAGCGUUGGUGUUUGGGAGGACCGGGCGGCUCUGGCUCGACUCAAACAGAAGCUGCAGACCGUAGACGGACGCCUCAUCCUUCGAAUCGAACAGGAGGAGUGGAAGUCAUUACCGGGCUGCCUGGUCCAGCUCAGUCAGGUCCAAGAGUGGCAGAUUCACCGGACCGGACUGCAGAAGAUUCCUCACUUCAUCUCCAGCUUCCAGAACCUUUUAGUUCUUGAUCUGUCCCGCAAUGGGGUUGUGGAUAUCCCCAAACAGAUCGGGACGCUGACUCGGCUCAGAGAGCUCCUGCUAAGCUACAACAGAGUCCAGUUUGUUCCUGAAGAGCUGAGCUGCUGUGAGAGUCUGGAGAGACUGGAGCUGGCCAUGAACCGUGACCUAAACCAGCUACCGGACCAGUUGAGGAACCUGAAGAAGCUGCAGCACCUGGAUCUGUCCAUGAACGACUUCACCUGCAUGCCAGACUGUGUGGUUGGACUACCGGCGCUCGAAUGGCUCGACAUGGGAGGAAACCGACUGGAGCACUUACCUGAAGACAUACACAGGAUGGAGCAACUGCACACCCUGUGGCUGCAGAGGAACCAACUGGAAAAACUUCCAGAUAACAUCAGCAGGAUGGCCAGUCUGGACACUCUGGUCCUCAGCAGCAACAGACUGAGGGACAUCCCCCCACUGAUGGAGGACAUGUCCAAUCUCAGGUUUGUGAAUUUCCGGGACAACCCUCUGACUCUGGAUGUGACGCUGCCAUGCAGAAAUACGACGACUGAGGACGGUGAAGAUGAAGACGACAGAGAGAUGUUUGGACGAGAGUUCAUGCAGAUGUACAUCCAGGAGUCCAGGAAGCGAGCGUACGCUGUGCUCAACAUGCACUGUGUCAACCAGCCCAGCGAUGACUCCUCAGACUAAAUAAUCUCACGUUCUUCGGGGCUUUUUCCAUGUCAGAGCUCAGCAGCGGCUUUUAAAAGCAGUGAAGACAAAAGCCCGUAAAACCUCUGAGCAGCAAAGAGAAGACGAACUCUUUAAAACAUGAAAACUUUGAGCAGCGACUCUCAUUAGUUCCCGUGAACGUGCUCACUUCAACACAGAGACUGUACUUGUCUGGAAAAGCUUUAAUACAGAAGGUUUAUUGAGUCUGUGAUGAUUUUCAUUGGAAACACACAUCGUAGGACCCUCGGUGGUCCGCGUGAGCGUCUCUGCGGUUUGACCUUCAGGAAGAAGACGAGGGCAUGGCGGUCAACAAGACGUUCUCCAGAGUCACCUGACUGUUCACGUAAGCGCUCAGUUUGCCGUCCAGUCCUUUCGUCUUCAGGAAGUGAAGUCUGCCGCCGUCAAUCAGACGUUUACAGAGACGACCGACCUGCUGGCGUUCGCCCGCCGACAGAAACCUGCGGAGGGAACGAGCACGUGACAGUCACCUGUUACCUGUUCAUUGUGUUCCUUCUCUUCAUGGCAACCUGUGCAGGCCUCGAUGCUUUAACUGGCUCUUUUAAGGAAUUUUAUCAUCUGUGGAC